GAUGAGGACAUUAGCAGAGCAGCAAACUCACAGGAGCUUCAUCUGGAAAAUCUGACAAAGAAACAGUAUGCGCUUUCUGCCCCAACGAAGCUCAACAGCUCACUGGAGCUCACACCACUACCUGGCCUGUUUGUUCAUCAUGGUCACCUGCUCCGGACCAGCUUCGGCUCUCCACGUCCCUCCGGCCAACACGGGCCUCCGCUCUGCUUUCUCUGCCACCCGAACCAACAGCGUAGUGGGAGGCAAGCAGAAGGCGGUGACCUUCAACAAGCUCAUGGUCAACAUCGGCGGGGACUUCAACCCGGACAGCGGCCACUUCCGCUGCCGCAUCCCGGGGGCUUAUUACUUCUCCUACUCCGUGGGGAAGUUCCCCAAGAAGAUGCUUUCGGUCAUACUGGUGAAGAACGGAGAGGAGGUGCAGGCCAUAGCGUACGAUGACUACCGCAAGAAAGGCAGGAAAGUCCAGAGCCAGAGCGUGAUGAUCAGCUUGAAGGAAAUGGACACCGUGUGGCUGCUUCUACAGCAGAGCCCCCAGUACGCUCUGUACAGCAACGCCGGGCCUUACAUCACCUUCUCCGGUUAUCUCGUCUAUCCCGACAUCCCACCGACCAGCUACAUCAGCAACCACCUGUCCUCCCCGGCGCUGUCCUACCCAAACUGCCCCUCUCAGGCCGACAACGGGGUCAGAGGUCAAGCGACGGAGCAGUCGGCCUUCUCGGUGGCCCGGACGUCCACGUUAAUGGGUCACAGCAGCAGGCAGCAGGACAAGCCGCCCCUGACCUUUGACGUGGAGUAUGUCAACAUCGGAGGCCACUUCAACAAAACAUCGGGCCUGUUCACCUGCCACGUCCCGGGGGCGUACUUCUUCGCCUACACUGUGGGGAAACACCCCCGCAAGGCCGUUUCCGUGAAGCUGAUGACCGGGAAGGGCGAGGUGCAGGCGAUGGUGUUCGAUGAGGACACGUCAAAGAGGAGGGAGAUGCAGAGCCAGAGCCUGCUGCUGUCUCUCCGUGGAGGCGACAGAGUUUGGCUGUACAGCCAGCAGGAUGAGCGUUACGCCGUUUACAGCAACCAGGGGAGGUACACCACGUUUUCUGGCUUCCUGGUUUAUCCUGAUGCAGAAACGCCUUCCACCAACCAGGACAGAACUCACCUAUAAAGGCCUUCACUCUUCACGUUGUCGUUAAAUAAACAAACCUGUAGUAAAUCUGUAGCUUGUUUCCUCGUGGACGGAGCAGAGAGAGUCUUCAGUCUGCUGUCAGUGUAGUGUAAGUGCUUUUAUGGCUUUGUUAUUAUCUCUAUUGUAUUUUCUUAGUAAAUAAUAAUGAAAGAGUUGCUGAAUUUACUCCACAAGAUGGUGCUGUAACACAAUUAUGGACAUUCAGCAGGAGGCAAGACUCUUGUCCUUAAAGUGCAAUUAGCUACAAGAGAUCACAAAAGAAUACAUGUGUGUUUAUAUAAUACGUUAAUGAUUAAUCAACAUUUUUGGGGGGGAUUCUUUUAUAUUUGGAGAUUUUGUUACAUGUAAAAAUUAAAAAAAAAUCAUUGUUGCAAGAACAAGUGAAUAUGUAUAUUCUGUAAAAUGUAUUAAAAUGGAUUUACUAUCAAAACGA